AUGUGCCAGUUACGAUAUGACGAAAUUGACCAAUCAGUGUUCUGUGUUUUAAUAAUGGCGUGGAUCAUGAUGGAUGCAGCUAUAAUACUAACGCUAUGCGUACAAUGCGAGAAAUUUUAUUUGGCUGUGGAGGAAGCUGAGUCGACGUGUAUUCAGUUAAUCAUGAGUAGAAACAGUUCAAAGAAUCACAAACAUCUUUGCAAGCGCGUGCUGCACCUGAGUCGUACAUUCACCAAGAUGUCUGCGUGUGGUCUCUUCACUGUUGAUGCCUCUCUGCCGAUGCCUCUCAUACGUUUAAUACUAGUUACUUUCCUAGGAAUUAUAACUCCACUUUGGAUGAUAAAGGAUGUGGUAGUAAUGCUCAAAAUAUGUGCUGGACUUGAGAACUUUUACAAAUCUAUAGAAGAAGUUAAGUCCACCUGUAUAUUGUUUCUGAUGAAUGAAGAAUGUUCAGCUAUGAGGUUGAGCGUGCGCAGUGCGCGCGUCAGAGGCGCGUCGCUCAGUAACUUAGUGCGCGCUCGCGGCACCGCCAAAGGUGAAAAAUAUCUCUGCAAACGCGUACUGCAUCUGAGUCGCACGUUCACCAAGAUGUCUGCGUGUGGCCUGUUCCCUGUUGAUGCAUCUCUACCGAUGCCUCUCAUAGGACUAAUCACUCAUUACAUGAUUGUGCUGUUACAGUUUGCUUUCUUAUAA